AGUGCUCGCUAAUUACGCAUGCCCAUUAGUGGUAGAAGCCAUGUUGACCUUUGGUUGUUAGUGGUCUCUUGAGAAAGCAAACGGUUUGGCACGAGAAUUCGUUAUGAUUUGUGCCAAAUCUUUCUUAGUUUCACAAAAAUAACGACAAGCAAAUGUAAAGUUACCUAUAAAUGCACUCUCACACUUCACUGACACUUGAGAAAAGUGCAAGUAGAAAACUGGUUACAUUUGGUUUGGCGUCCCAUUUUGGUAUGCUACGGAACCGCUGUUGGUGUUUUACAUUGAAUGUUUCGUGACAAAUAGAAAUUCCUGAAAAGAUUCGGUUUAUGAGAAAUAAUAGCUAACAAUGGGAGCCUUUCUUGACAAACCAAAAACUGAGAAGCAUAAUGAGGGUGGAGUUGGAAAUGGGCUACGAUUCGGUCUCAGCAGUAUGCAGGGAUGGAGGGUGGAAAUGGAAGAUGCCCACACAGCAGUUAUUGGACUGCCAAAUGGAUUAAAAGAUUGGUCAUUUUUUGCUGUCUUUGAUGGCCAUGCUGGUGCUCGUGUUUCAGCACAUUGUGCCGAACAAUUACUUGAUCAUAUCAUAACUAAUGAAGAUUUUAGAGGUAAAAUUGAAAUGAAAGAAGGAACUGAAAUUCAGCCUUCUUUUGAGGAUGUAAUUAAAGGUGUGAAAACAGGUUUUCUGAAAUUAGAUGAAAAGAUGAGGUCAAUGCCAGAAAUGGCAAGUGGCGAGGAUAAGAGUGGUUCCACGGCAGUUUGUACAAUUGUAUCGCCAAAUCACAUUUUCUUUGGAAAUUGUGGGGACUCUAGGGCUGUACUAUCACGUGCAGGUAAAUGUGUAUUUUCAACACAGGAUCAUAAACCUGUGAAUCCCACUGAAAAAGAAAGAAUUCAAAAAGCGGGAGGGAGUGUAAUGAUUCAGAGAGUCAACGGUUCGCUUGCCGUAUCAAGAGCUCUCGGGGAUUUUGAAUAUAAAAAUGUACAAGGUAUGGGACCUUGCGAACAACUGGUCUCACCAGAACCAGAAAUAUUUAUGGAAGAUAGAAACCAACAAGAAGAUGAAUUCAUAGUGCUAGCCUGUGAUGGGAUAUGGGAUGUUAUGUCUAAUGAUGAACUCUGUGACUUUGUCAGAAGUAGAAUGCGACUGACCAGUAGUCUUGAGCUGAUUUGCAAUCAAGUAGUGGAUACUUGCUUAUAUAAGGGCAGCAGGGACAACAUGAGUAUUGUGAUAGUUGCUUUGACAGGAUCACCUAAAGUUUCUGAUGAAGCUAUGAAAAAGGAACAGGAAUUAGAUGAAAGAAUAGAGGCAAAAAUUAAAGAAAUUUUAGCUGAUGUUGAUGUGCGAGACGUUGAUUUACCAUAUGUAAUGCAUACAAUAAGUGAAGAUAUAGAUGGUCUUCCACCUGGAGGCGGAUUAAGUUCAAAAAAAAAUACAGUUGAAAGUAUACUUAAUCGACUGCGACCAAAGAAAACAGCAGAACAAGAAACUAGCACUGAUGAGCCCUUCUAUAAACAGUUAUUGAGAAAAUACUGAGUUUAUCCUUUGUUACUAGGAAGAAGAUGGUUCAGCAACAGUAGAAGAUGAUUGGCGAUAGUUUUGUCUGGCAGAAUUUUAUAUAAACACAAAACUGUUAGAUUCCAAAUCAAUAAA